CACUCCGCCGCCCUGUGCCGCGCUGCCUGUCGCGCCGCCUUAACACGCGCUGAUCCAAACAUUACACCAUCCACGUUCUCGCAUUUCACACUGUCACACCUGUCAUUUGUCAACUCUACUCAAGUGCUCGGCACCUCUGAUCGUAAUGUGACCGUAAUUCUUCAACUUUGCCCUUUCUGCAUUAAGAUGAAGUCACAAUAAUGUUUCAUAUAAGUGGUCACGUGAGAUAAAUUGGUACUAUUUGUUCGCAUUUACUCUGGAUUAAAAUAAAUUUACUGUCGUAUGUUGCUUUGAAAAUAAAGAAAAUAAACACGCUGAUAAGAAUGUUACGUAACAAUCUGUAUUACGAUGCACCUCAUUGUAGCAGUUGAAAUAUGUUUCAAAUACAUUUAAAAAUUGAUUUUAAAUGCAAGUUGAUUGAGCAAACUGAAACCAUGGUCUGUAAUCUUGUCUUGAAGAAGGUCACCACUCGAGCAGGACAUGUUAACGAGUUUAGAUAUUGUGCGCCAAAAAAGUAUAGAAGCGCUUAAAAUCAGCAAGACAAGGACGUAAAGAACAUAAGUUGUUAAUAGAGCGAAAUGAAGGUCUGCCCAAAGAUAUUGUCCUUUUUGUCGCCGCGGACUGCGCUAAUCCUGUCAUUAGCUAGCGCGUGUUUUUGCGAUACAACAUUAAAUGCUAAGGAUGAGAUUAAAACAGUAUCAAGCUCUCCAGCCACGCAGUCUACGCCUUUUAUCUACUCCACGCUGAAAACGUCGAAGCCAUUAGCGUCUACUGUAGUGCAGACUACUUCAACUACAAAGGAAAGCAUUAAACCAACAAAAGCUUAUAAGGCGAGUGAGAGCCCGACCACAGCUCGCCAUUCAACGACUAAAGUAUACACGAGCACAAAAGGCAAAGCACAGAGUGCAAGAAGGCAAAAGUUAAACAAUAGUUCUAGUGCACUCGGGAGCACAAGUGCAAGUGCGAGCACGAAUGCGCCGCGUUCCCCUGCAAGGUUUCAAGAGCGUCUGGGGGCAAUAGAUUGCGAUCUGCCCAUGCUGCCCACAAAGUCGAGACUCUGGCGAGGAAAUGAGACUCAUGAACUCAAUCUUCCUGUUACGAUGGUGGAGGAGUGCGGGGGUGGUGCGGGGUCUACUACGCCGGGUACUGAAGACGAAUGCCCCCCGGUCAUCGUGUCGUGGGAGGGUUUCGCUGACAUCCAGAGCGGAGACAUUCUUAUCGUCCGCAUCGCUGACUCUUUGCUUGUGGAUACCAUUGCCCAGCCCGAUGUGAAGAAGGCGCUCGAUGCAAACUUUUCGCACUCGGACGGAGAGAGGGUACAUCACUUGCCUUUGCAACCCUCCGUGUACCAGGUGACCCGACAAGGGCACGAGCAUUGCGACGUCUCCGAUGGCAUGCUGCUUGAUAUUACUCCCUUAGAAGAGGGAGGCGCUAAGCUCUUCACGCUCUACGACAAGGACCUCAUGGAAGGCGUCAACUUGUUUAUAGUGGUAUCAAAAAACUGGAGAACACAAUGUGUCCGUCUAAAAGUAACAGUUAAGUCGGAUAACUGCGGAGAUUCCCAAGAUUGUUCUGGAAAUGGCGUCUGUUAUACAAACGUUUCAAUGGAAGGCUACGAGUGCCAGUGUUGUCCUGGAUUCACGGGGCCACACUGCGAAGAAAGAGACGCUUGUAAUCCAUCACCCUGCUUAAACAACGGCAUAUGUGUCGACCUCACGCAACCUCUUAACGGGGUCAACACCGGCAACUUCCACUGUCUUUGUCCUUAUGGAUUUACUGGCAGAAAGUGUGAGAAGGAUCCAUGUUCAUCUGCACCAUGCUUAAAUGGUGGAUCCUGUAUGAGUAUGGCGUUGAAUGGCUCAACUACAUUCCAUUGCGCGUGUCCGGAAGGGUGGAUGGGCGCACAUUGCGAUAUUUCCGCCGUGGAAGGCGCUUGUGCAUCCAACCCUUGCGUUAACGGAAUAUGCAUCGAACACACAGAUGAACAGAUACAAGAAGAAAAGUUUAGGUGUUUCUGUCAGCCCGGGUACACUGGUGAUCACUGCGAAGUGGAAUACAACGAGUGCGAAUCUUCUCCAUGCGCGAAUGGAGGUACAUGCACUGAUCGUGUGGGAGGUUACACAUGCUCCUGCAGCCGAGGUUACACCGGCAAUACCUGCCAACUCAAGGUGGAUCUAUGUUCUCCGAAUCCGUGUCCUGAACACCGUUUUUGCGUGGACCACGGCAAUAGUUACGCUUGUGAGUGUCCUCGUGGCUUCAUCGGGGACGAAUGUCACAUCCCUGCGAGAUCUCCGUGUGAUAACAACCCUUGUGCUCACGGCGGCACGUGCUGGAGCGACAUCGACUCCUUUUACUGCUCGUGCCGGCCAGGUUACACCGGCAAGCUUUGUGAAGAAGACUUCAUCUUGGAAUCAGUGGUGAGCAACGAGGUGACCAUGCGUGAGGAAUUGCGCGGCACAGGAUCCGUACGCGAAGUGCACCUGCCGCUCGGCCUGUACCACGAUCGUCUGCACAACGUUUACAUCGCUGCCGGUACACUUGGCGCUGCUAUUGCUAUCGUCGGAGUUGUGGUGACAGCAUGCCACUGCCGCGUGAACAAGACUUAUUCUCGCCUUCUCUCUCGACUGUCUCGAGUGACAGAGUCUGGCCCUCCACAUCAUUGGCUUCAUGAUAAACGAGCUCCACCGCCCUCCGCGCCCUUUCCCCCGCCGUCCGCCGCCCUUGACACAACUGACAUGUACUACACUUUGGACUUCAGCGACAGCCAAAGCUCCCCGCUAAUCCAAUAGCCAUCACUUAUGAACUGUUCCGAUGGAGAACGGUU